UAUAUCUUAAGUUUGGGUGUUCCUGACUAUUUUUGCAAAUGUCGUGGGUGAAAUGGCAUCAAACCCAAACGAUGUAAAAACAGCCUCCGAAAGGUUGCGGGCAAACCGAAGCAAAGUAGAUCACAAUUAUUCGCAACACCCUCUCGAUUUCAGCAACAAACUGUCUUCAUUUUUGUCUUCCUUCUCCGCCCACUGUGACUGUAUGCAACGAGAAGUACAUAUAAAAAAUGAUAACAAAUUCAGUCUUUUUGCUAGAAUAUACCUCUCGCUCCCUUUCCCUUUAAUGGCCUCCAUUUCCGUACCAAUCUCUAUUGCUUUUUCAUUUUCUCCCGCUUUUUUUCUUCUUUAGUAGCCAUGCGGUCUCUAUAUCGCCAGCACCAUCUCUUCUAUCGUUCACGCCCCUUUUCUCUUCGGAAGCGCUUUUCUCUUCUUACACCCAAUUCAUUUCACCGUUCCACGAAAAUUGCUGUAAUUUGUUUGCAGUUAAACGUAUCAAAUGCUAGAAAGCGUGGGUGGCGAUUGCAAAGUAGGAUUGUUCAAAUUAGGGCAUUUGAUGAGGAUUCAUUUGGUGUAUCCUCACUUGAUGACUGGGCUGAUAAUGAGACUAGUGCUGCUAUUGCUGGGUACUUGAUAUCAUCUAGUGAUGGGGAGGAUAGUGAUGGUGAUUAUGUCUUAAAUCCAGUGGCUGAUAUUGAUUUGCCUUCUGCUAGUGUUUCAAAUAAUGAUUCUCUCACUGUUACGGCUCACAGGCUUGCCAUUAUUGCAAAGGAGCGCAGAAAACAUAUGAUGAGACAGGGGAUUUUUAAUAAUCUGGGACUAAUUGGCUUCCUGAUGUUUCUGCUUUUUUUUGUGGAUUGGUGUGCGUGGAAGAUAGUCAGAUUACCUCUUGCUCCUUUUCACCUAUCUCGCCCCUUUUUCAUAGCAAUAGCUUUAUCAUCCAUUGCGGGUUAUAUUAGUGUCCCUUUUCUCAAUGCUUUAAAGGUUCAUCAAACAACAAGUAAAAGAGUUCAGCCGGUUAGGCAUUCCAAGAAGAGGGCAACCCCCACAAUGGGUGGUUUAUUUUUCAUACCAAUUGGAGUGGGAGUUGCAAAAUUCAUAGCUGGUUUUUCUUCCGUUGAAGUCUCUGGAGCAGCAGUGGCAACACUAGCAUUUGCUGCUAUUGGUCUAUUUGAUGACAUUUUAAGUCAAGUGAAGAAUCAUAAGAAAGGUUUACCUGCAUGGAUAAAAUUAUUUUUGGAGAUAGCUGUUGGGACCUUGUUUGCACUUUGGUUGGAGUCCACAAGUAUAUCGUCACCCUACAGCAUGAAAAUGAUAGUUCCACUACCUGGACCAUUGGGUCUUGUGUGCCUUGGAAGAUUUUAUUUAUUGUUGACUUCAUUUUGUUUCGUCUCAAUGGGAAAUGGGAUUGACUUAACAGAUGGUCUUGAUGGGUUAGCUGGUGGGACUGCUGCAUUGGCUUUUAUAGGAAUGUCGAUUGCAGUGCUACCAAUAUGUUCAGCAGAGCUUGCAAUUUUUGGAUCAUCAAUGGCAGGAGCUUGUGUUGGGUUUCUGUUACACAAUCGAUACAAGGCAUCUAUAUUUAUGGGAGAUACAGGGUCCUUGGCAUUAGGUGGAGCAUUAGCUUCAAUGGCUGCUUGUACUGGAAUGUUCUUUCCGUUAUUUAUUUCAUCUGGAAUCUUUGUUCUGGAAGCAUCAUCAGUUAUUAUGCAGGUAGCAUACUUCAAGGCAACCAAAAGUUUGAGGGGAGUUGGGCACCGCUUAUUUCGGAUGGCACCUUUUCAUCAUCACCUUGAAUUAUGUGGGUUCAAGGAACCAAUCAUCGUUGCUGGUGCAUAUGUUGCAUCAUGCCUGUUGGCUUUAGUUGCUGGGUAUGUCGGUCUAAAAUCAGCUUAGCUUCUGAAAGCAUUUUCGCUAAGCGCCUAUUAAUUUUUGUAGAUAGGGUAUCAGAACUUAUACUUAUUUUGGUUAGUUGCUUACAAGCAGAAGGAAGAUUUGUACACAUUUGAGUUUAGGUAUGCCAUUUUUUGAACUGUAGUUCAGGUAUACCAUUUGAAAUUCGAUCAACAACUUGGAUUCACAGUCACUGUAACACUGUGUGUUCUGGUUAAAUAGCAAAGACAAGAAACCGCAUUGGUAGCAAGCUUGUAAUUGUGGUUCAGGUUUUACGCAAGUUAUUGUUUAUUUCAGA